GAGAAUCAAAAUGACGGCUUUUAAUUCCCCAUCGUCCUAACCAGGCUAUUCUGCGAUCCCUUCGAGCCUAAGAAACCCUUACCCGGGCGUCGAGAGAGGGAGGAGGCGGCGGAGGCGUAGUGGAGACCCAUCGCUGUCCAUCCCUCGCAAAGCGACUUUCAUCCGCUCGUCGAUUGAAGAAGCUAUCCCUUUUUCUUUGUUUGCUUUUUCCGCCCCCCUCUCAAUCCUAAACUUUGCGACCGAAAUGGGAAAUCUCUGUUCAAAGUCCUCCAAUCCCUCGGACCCUUUUGCCCAGCCGGGCCGGGUGCUGGGUACCUCUCCUGAUUCUGGACCCUCGAGUGCACCUGUCCCUCAGAAGCAGACCAUAUCAAGGCCAGCGGUUAAAGGUGGAAAAACACUUGGUGGUAGCGGUAGUACGAGCGAUCAAACCGUCGAGCCGCGCAACGCUGCUGCUCGAGCUGCGGAGGAACGAGCUGCGAAGCAGAACGCUACCGCAAACAAGGGUAAACUUGGUUCCCAGCUCGCAGCGCAAAAGGCGAAGACUCAGGGAAGGACUCUUAACGAGUUAAGCCAAACAGAACGCGCCACUAGGGAUGUGGAUGCUGCGGAAACUUCGAGGAGAUGGGAUUAAUACGUAAAAUACACUUUCUGUGUGCCAUCAAACCCGAGAAUAUUUGUCUGGUAUCGACGUUGGGGAAUUGGACCAUGGUUAGACAACUACGUAGCUGCAGCCACUGGGCAUCGCCAGGCUUUUGUUAUUUUGCUAAGAGCGCUUUUCCUUUGUAAGGGGUAUGAUUGAGAUUUUUUACUCUGAUGACAAGCACGAUGUGUUGAAACUUGGGGAUUAAUUGAUUGAUGUUGCUGAGUUCGUCGGAAUCUUCUGAAGGGCCCCAACUUUCAUGCCUUGGGAGCACUCGUUAUACUGUGACACAGUAUCAACCUUUUUAUAACGUUGGAUAUGUUUCUAGUGAAGAUAAUUACAUGUUUGGAAGCUGUGA